AUGCUAAGAAGAAGUAGAAUAAAAGACGGCAAUCAUUUGGAGUUCUACAUUACUAAUUAUCUUGAUCAUCCUAAUUAUGGUUCACGGAUGUUGCAAUGUAACCACUACUUGCCGUCAGAUCCGGACAAUCAAAUACUGGAGGGACAUUUACGGGACACUGGCUUUUAUCACGUUUCACAUAUUGGAGUUAUCAAAUGUCAGUUGUCAUUGGUUAAUGCUCUGACCGAGAGAUGGUGCCCUGAGACUCACACAUUUUAUUUUCUGGUUGGUGAGUGUGCUGUGGCGCUGGAGGACAUGGCGAUGAUUCUUGGUCUUCCGACGAAUGGUCUGUCAAUCGCAGGACUGACACUCAGUAGUUAUGAGGCGUUAGAGGCUGAAUGCUUGGAUCAGUUUGGUGUUGAACUUAGGAAGACAAACUGUAGGGAAAGUUUCAUCAAGUUGACGUGGUUUCGAGGAUUGAAGGAUCGUUUAGUGUUGGUUGAUGAUAUUCAGAUUCAGAGGUACGUGAAGUGCCACAUAAUGUUAUUGUUUGGGACCGUUAUGUUUGGAGAUAAGUCUGGGAUAGGGGUGCACUGGAAGUUUUUACCGUUACUCCGUAACUUUACUGGGAUCAUACAGUUUAGUUGGGAAUUGGCAUGCCUGGCACACCUGUAUAGAGCGUUGUGUAGGGCAACUCGUGUCGACUCUACGGAGAUUGAUGGUCUACUGACACUUUUACUUACCUGGGCUUGGAUCCGUCUACCAUUUAUUGCGUUGAUUCCUGGCAAUCCUUGA